CGUCAACAGCGGAAGUGGUGUUGCUUUGACGGACUUCCCACUGACACGCAUCAACCGGUCAUUAAAUCUGUUCGUCAUUCAGACUCCUCGUCGAACCGGGUUCACUUAGUGUAUUGUUUGGUUGUCGUUUUCGGUUUAUGAUUUUCCUUUUAUUGAGUAGGUUAUCAGCGAAGGUGCCGAGCGUUGUGUACAGGGCCGCAUUGAUCAUGAAGCCGCAGGUUGUGUUCGUGUUGGGCGGGCCUGGAGCGGGGAAAGGGACCCAGUGUGCCAGAAUCGUGGAGGUGAGAUGGCGAGGAAAGAACAAUGAAAAGGACAAAGAUAAUUUGACAGGGCAUUGAAUUGUGUUGGGGAAAGAAACCACUAACAGAUUUGAGGGGAUUGUGUUCACUUUUGUUGGCUUCUGUCCAUCAGAGACCAGCUAAAUGGAUCGACUUCCGGUUUUUGUCCUCUGAAAUGUAACCUACUCAUUAUGCUAGUUAGUUAGCUAGCAUAGCUAUGCCAAGACCAUACUAGCUAGCAAGCUAACUAGUUAUGUGAGCAAUGAAUAAUAAUGAUAUUUUUUCCAUCAAAGUUAGCCUUUCAACUAGCGAACAAUCUGAAUUUUUUUCCUGAAUAUCAGAAGGGUGUACUACAAAGCAGAAUCAAUGUGUUAGCCAGCAAACUUUGAUAAACAACCAGAAAAAAUAACACAUUUUCUGGUUAUUGGUUGUUGAGUCAAUUAGACCAUGCCCUUUUCUAGUUUUUCUGUCUUAUUUAGGCAAGUUUAGCUGGCAAACUCAUAGAUCGUUUUUGGUAGUAUACCCCUCAGGAGUCAAAGUGGGCUAUGGCUCGCCAACAAGUGACAGAAGAGGCUAGCCUACUUCUUUAGUCCAACUCAAGGACCUUACAUGUUAUGUUCAGAGGCGAAUUGGCUCUGGCAGCCAAAACAGCCAAAUAUUCCAAAUAUUCUCAAUUGCAGUACAGUUCUAGAAACAUAAAGCCCGCUACUUUGAUAUCACAUUUUAAAAAAAUCACAAAGGCUAAAUAUACAAAUACGGUACACUUUUAACCGGUUUUAACAGUUGCAGCUGACACUAUUUUUCAGUUACAACAUGUUUGUGGCGUCCUUCUUCCGUUACACACAGGUGUGCGGAGGCCCGCAUAUAGCUAAUUAGCAGAUGUGGUCGCCUCUGUCUUCCGUAAACAAGCGCUGUAACAUGGAAAUAUGUCCGUGUGGGAACCCUAACCAUAUAAAGUUGUGUAGGAACCUUUUGUUUUUUUGAAAAUAAUUUCUCACUGAUAUGAAAGUUAAGUUCCAAAUGUUUUCAAAACUGUAUCGCGUGCAAGGCGUAUUUGCAUUUAGACAGCAUUUGGGCAGCGUCGGUGCGCUGUCCUCAGCCAGCAGACAGGUUCGUGAAUAGACGGUAUAUACCGUCUAUGAAUGGGCUAGCUCUAUGUUCAUUGUGGUAGGCUUCUAGCUACAUACACAGAGUAGCCUAUGCACUGAUAUUGACAUCAUACCAAUGCGUAGUCUACAUCUUAUCAGUUCAGCUGUUGUGCAAUUCACAUUAUGUCAAGUUUAUCUGCAAUGCACCUGCUCUAAACCUCCAGCCAAUGCCCUUGAACAAGUAGUCUUGAGAAAUGAAGGCAGAUGUUUAUCUGAGUCUGGGUGGGGUUUUACAUCUAAAGAUAAAACUCAAACAGUUGGAAGAGUUAGCAUCUACUACUGCUAUUCAGCUGUCUGACAUAUUAACGCCCAACAUUGUAGCUCCCCCUUGGCUUUCUUCUGUGCCAAGACAAGUUUCCUGCAUUUGCCAAUUACUUUGUUUAGACCUAUAUUCAUACAAAGCUGGGCCACGUGUGUUUGAGUAAGCAUCCUGUUCAAACAUGAAGAAACACGUGUUCUUAAGCCACCCACCCACUUAUAAAGCCUGUCUUCAUACAGCGAAAUAUAAAAAUCCCUUCCCCUGCUUUCAGUGUUAGUGGAGCACAGCAGCAUCCUUUUAGAACAAUAACCAACAAUGCCUAUGACGCUGCUCUUUUCAAUGUAUUCUCUACUUAAUGCAUUGUUACUAUUGCACUCCUUUUAAAAAUGACAUUAGUCCCGGACAAUUUAAUUCUCAUAACCAAUUGAUUUCUAAGCAAAGUAACAUACUUUGUUAGUACAGUACAGGUAUGUUUCUGUACAAUUGUCCCACAUAAGCAGUUGGAUCAGUGAUUAUUGUUAGAGUAGUGCACUGUGUUGUUUUAGUUAAGGCUGGCAUUAACCCUUUGUGUUUUUCACAGAACUACAGUUACACCCACCUGUCUGCCGGAGACCUGCUGAGGGCCGAGCGAAGCCGAGAGGGGUCAGAGUUUGGACAGCUCAUUGACAGUUACAUCAAGGAAGGCAAGAUCGUCCCUGUCGAGAUCACCAUUAACUUACUCAGGAAGGUAUGCACCAUCUCCAGGUACCUAUGGCUACAAGGUUUGUGGUAACUGUUGACGUACAGUAAGUUAGCAAUCAGAAUUACUAUUAGCUUAGAUAACAUGGGGUAGAGGGUAGUGGCACUGUGGUCUGAGUAAGCAUUUUUUCCCCCUCUUACUGAAAUAGUUUCUGUCAUUGCUCCAUGGGCUGAAUGAAUCCUUGCUUCACACUUAAAAGGAAUAGUUCACCCAAAAUAUUUUUCAUGUCAGAUGCAUAUAGACAGACACACCACUUUUUAGACAUAAAAAUGUCUAACUUUGAUUUGGGACAGAAUAUCCCUUUUAACUUUAACUUUCCUUUGUCCUCAGGCCAUGGAGGACACCAUGCAGAUAGACGAGAAGAAAUUCCGCUUCCUCAUCGACGGCUUCCCCCGAAACGAAGACAACCUCCAGGGGUGGACCACUGUCAUGGACGGGAAGGCUGACGUCAAAUUUGUGCUUUUCUUUGACUGUAGUAAUGAGGUAAUAAUACAUAUUGGGGGGAGGAUCUCCAAGAGGAAGGGGAGGGGACAAAGUGGGAGGUGCAAAAUCAUUGGAAGGGAAAGCUAUACCUCAGAUAUGUAAGACACAUUUGGAGUACGACCUCCUAGUGUUAAUAUCGUUAUUGCUUGGCUGAUUGUGUAAUGUUUUAAUGCUGAGAGCUCUGUGUUUGCUUGUUUACAGGUCUGUAUCAACCGAUGUCUAGAAAGAGGGAAGAGCAGUGGGCGGACCGAUGACAACAGAGCGAGCCUGGAGAAAAGGUAGAGUCCAAACUCUAAGGCUUUCCAUGAUCACUGACCAUUGACCUAUUUAAUAUGAACUGGAACUCUCAAAAGGGGACACAGCUCUUGGUCAUAAAAAAAAGGGUAUGGUGCCAUUUCCUGGUUUCUAAAAUGUUCGCCUGAUUUCAGUUCAUGCGACACAACAAGCAAAGUGUAUAGAAUCAUUGUACCCUCUAAACCGCUGUGAAAUAUAGUUUCAGUCAUCAAAAAUACUGUAUUUUUUGCAGUUGUAAGGUGAUGUACAAAACCGAAAGUAAUAAGAAGCAAAAACAAAACUUACGGAGGGGAAGCAUAGAAAUAUUGCAUAUACAACGGAUCUACCAUUCAUCAGACUUGCUUUCAAUGAGUGUGACAGAUCUAUAACCUGUAUUUCUGUCUGAAAUCAGUCGGGUUGUACACAAAACGACAUAAUGGACCUUUAAUAAUGGACUUCUAGUGAAAAAAACAUUGCUUUUGAGAUUGCGAUUUUCAGUCCCACCUUGACCCACCCCUAAAAGUAAAAUACACUGGAGCAUGUUUUAGCUUGGCUGUAUGUACUUGUAUGACUGUGACCCCAUUUUGGGUCUCCUCUGAGUCCUGGUCAGCCCUGUUUCUGAGCCUCCUUUUCCUCCCCUGAAGGAUCCAGACCUACCUGCAGUCGACACGGCCCAUCAUCUCACUGUAUGAGAAACAGGGCAAGGUGCGCACCGUGGAUGCCUCGUGCGGUGUGGACGAGGUAUGCAAAGGAUUAUACAGCACUGCGCCAUUGAAGGCACACAUGAUGGGCAGUUGGAAUACACUCACUAAUACAAACGUAUUCACUCUUACUUGUCCUAUAUUUGAGUGUUAAUUCCCUCUAAGUUGUUUCCUUCCCUAUUGGUUUUCUCUCUGUUCUCCUGCACCCUCUGGCAAUCACACACUUGUCUUUCAGGCCAUUGCACACAAAAAACACAAAGGUGAGUCUUUUGUUUUCUCUAAUGCAUCUCUUUCUCUCUCUCUGUUUCAGGUGUUUGCCGACGUCAAAACCAUCCUGGACAAAGAGGGUUGAAAUUCCGCCAACUGCCAACAACUGUUACAUUCACAGUUACGUUUAGUUUGUCUUUUUAUCAACUGCAGCAACAGUUUACUUUUUACAUUCUUUUUUUUUGUCAGUGCUGAGCUGCUCGUCCAAGGGUGUGUGUGUGUGAGUGAGUGUGUGUGUAAGAGUGAAUAAGAUAGGUAGCAAGAUGCUCUGCUGACAAACCUCACAUGCGCAGAGGGUUUCACUGUGGUAGUCGUACACCAACUGACAAGCCUGUCAUUGUAGUCGUGGGCCUUUGCAUAGGGACAAGACUAAUAGAAUUGCUCUUAGCUUGGUGAGGCACUUCCUUUUGUUGUCAAGCAGAGGCAUAUAUAUAGUGCUGUAUGUUAGCUAAAUUAAUUUUUUUGUGAUAAAAUCUGUGUAC